AUGGCGAAGAAUAAACAAAAAGGCAAAAGGCAGCAAAAUGUGUUCCGAGUGGCCAACAAACAGACAAAACAAAAGAAUAAAGCAAAACCUGUCACUUCAACUCUCAAACACGUAAGUGGAAAAUGGUAGGUAGCUACCUACCAUCUUAGUUAGCCAGCUAGCUAGCUAAUAGGCUUCACACAGUAGGGUGUCCAAUCAAAAACGCAUCUUUUGACCAAUGGGUAAAAUGUUAAUUGUGUAGAUAAUUCCAUAAGAAAACCAAUGCCAAUGGUCCAAACCUCAUGUCUCCAUCAUAAUCCGUUUAAAAGUUAUUGGAGUUUUUACCGUUGUAGAAUGGCCAAAAUUAGGGUGACUAUAUAAAUGGAGGCCAGAGGAAAAAAGUGGUCAAAAAUCAGGAAAAUUGCGUCACGUCAACCAGGCUGGAUUCUGUACAAGAAUGAAAGCUGCAAUAUUAAACUUUUUGGGCAAACUGACCACGUUCACAUUGAUAGAUCUAUAACUCACAUGUCUUUCUCAUUGAAAGCAAGUAUAAAGUGGUAGUUCUGUUCUAUGUGGCUAUUUCUACGCUUCCCAUUCUUAAGUUUCGUUUUUGCUUCUUUUACUUUCUGUGUUGUACACUAGUUUCAAACAGCUGAAAAUACAAUUUUUGGUUAUGGAAAAUAUAUUUCACAGCGGUUUAGAUGGUACAAUGACUCUCUAUACUAUACUUGCUUGUUUAGUCACAAACUGAAAUUGGUUAUACUAAUAGAAUUUUUGCAACCAGGAAAUGGGCGGAGCGAUUUCUGCAGAGUGCAUCUUUAAGGUUACUGGCUACCUGACACUGACAGGCUCUCUUUGCAAUUUAACUUUUCAUAUUUCUUCUCGAAUCCGCAGGACAUAAAACAAUAGAGGUAAGAUUUUGAGACACGACAUGUAGUAUUUUCAUAUUUUAGUAUAUGCUUUUCAUAUUAAUUCGAAAUUCCUGUUAUUUUUCCUAGAUCUCACAAAAACAAGCUAAAAAUGUAAACGGAGCACUGAGCGUAUACCAAACUUAAUUUGAAAGUCUUUCACAUUCCUAUCAGCUCACGUCAUGCAAAUGUCGCUAUUUGCCACCAGCGGAAACAACUUUGAAGAUGACGACAAUGUAAAAUCCUAAGAAGUUGUUACUAAAAACCUACACCGCUAUGUCAACACAGCUUGGCACUUAUUAUCGGAUGUAUUACCGUAACAUUUCAAUUAAAUGCCGAAUCUCAAAAAGGCGCCUGUCCCUUUUAAUAGCUGGGCAACGGCACACAUUGCACAACAUCGGGUCUAAAUUAAUUGUUUACGAGGUUCCCAUUAAUUACGAAGAAUUGUUUAUGACAUUCCAUGGAGGGCAUAGUGUCUGCGGGUUUUUGGUAUUUCCUUUCAAUUAAGAACUAGACAACCAGGUGAGGGAGUUCUUUACUAAUUAUUGACCUUAAUUCAUCAAUCAAGUACAGUAAUGAAUCGAAAAAAAAUAUGGCGUUUUUAUCGCCAGUAAGAAACUGCUAGCCGUUGGCUGCUAACAGCUGAGAACUGCUAGCUAACUGGCAAGCAGGAAAACAGUCAACUUCAGGAGUACAGACCCCUAGAAAUCGGCAGAUGGCCAUCUAGUGGGAAAGUAAGAACUGCCAAAAAUGCAAUCAGAGGGGAAUUCUUUUUUUGUUAAACUAGAGUCAUACUAAGACAAAAGAAACGUGACACAGUGUGUAAAUGAUAACACAUUAGUUCAGGAAAUGAAGAAAUUGAUUAAAAUACUGGAAGUGAAUCCUGGAAUUAAACAAUUAACUAUGCAAAUUAGCAAAAGAUGUGUGCAUUAGAAAAAUAAAUGCCAUGCUCAUAUAGAAGCUUGUCUCUAAAGCAGUGUUCACAUUGGCAGUUUGAAGAGACUCAAAUCCUAUUUAUUUAAAUAUCUGAUUCGACUUUUUCCUGCAGUCUGAACAGCCAUAAGGCACAUGGAAUCAGAUAUUUCAAGCCACAUUUCAAACCACCUUCAUUUGUGGUUUGAAGUCAGAUACAAAUCUGAUUCCUGGCCAUGUGACUUGUCUGAACGGUCAAAUCUGAUUUAAUUGCCCUCAAGUGGUUUUUAGAUAGUUAUUCGGCAUAUCUUGUUGCUUGCUAGCUACUCUGUUGACAGUUUGACAAGAACAUGUGGUAGCUAACUAGCUUGUUAAUUGUUUACAAACAAAUUAGUGAAUGUGCUAGAAAACUAAACAGCUGGCUAGUUGACUGAUGUGGCUAGCCAAAAAGGACUUGUUUUGAAAGUUGGAUCAUCUUAUCCUUUGAGGCUUAGCUUGCUACAUAACUUCUGAGUGAUAGGAAGCACAAGCACCACCACCAAUCAGCCUACACCACUGCACACACACCUGGUGUUACUAUGACAACUAGCGUAGCCUUGUCAGCAAAUUACUGCUGUCUGAACACACAUCCGAUUUGGUCACUUUUAAUUUGCUGUUUGGACAGUCGGUAGUUAAAAACGGAUCUGAAAAACAAAACUUAGUUGAGCAUUAAGGCCUGCAGUGUGAGCAAGGCUUAAUAAGCGCCUGAUGUGUUAUGUGAUUUAAGCAAAUAAACGCCCGGGCUAUUCAUUGAAAUUUUAUGGUAGGUUGCGAAAUCCGAGUUUUUAGAUGUAACGUUAAUGAUACAGUAUGUUACGUUUGGUAUGGUUACAUAACAUAGUUUACUUAGAGUGCAUUCGAUAAGUAUUCAGACCCCUUGACGUUUUCCACAUUUUGUUACAUUACAGCUUUAUUCUAAAAUUGAUGAAAUUGUUUUUUUCCUCGUCAAUCUACAUUUUAGUCAUUUAGCAGAUGCUCUUAUCCAGAGCGACUUACAGUUAGUGAGUGCAUACAUUAUUUUAUUUUUCAUACUGGCCCCCCGUGGGAAUCGAACCCACAACCCUGGCGUUGCAAACGCCAUGCUCUACCAACUGAGCUACAUCCCUGUCGGCCAUUCCCUCCCCUACCCUGGGCCAAUUGUGCGCCGCCCCAUGGGUCUCCCGGUCGCGGCCGGCUACGACAGAGCCUGGAUUCGAACCAGGAUCUCUAGUGGCACAGCUAGUACUGCGAUGCAGUGCCUUAGACCACUGCGCCACUCGGGAGAAUCUACACACAAUACCCCAUAAUGACAAAGCAAAAACAGGUUUUUAGAAAUGUUUGCUAAUUUAUAAAAAAUAAAAACGGAAAUAUCACAUUUUACAUAAGUAUUUAGACCCUUUACUCAGUACUUUGUUGAUGCACCUUUGGCAGCGAUUACAGCCUCGCCUUCUUGGGUAUGACACUACAAGCUUGGCACACCUGUAUUUGGGGAGUUUCUCCCAUUCUCCUCUGCAGAUCCUCUCAAGCUCUGUCAAGUUGGAUGGGGAGCGUCGCUGCACAGCUAUUUUCAGGUCUCUCCAGAGACGUUAGAUCGGGUUCAAGUCCGGGCUCUGGCUGGACCACUCAAGGACAUUGACACUUGUCCCGAAGCCACUCCUGCGUUGUCUUGGAUGUGUGCUUAGGGUCAUUGUCCUGUUGGAAGGUGAACCUUCGCCCCAGUCUGAGGUGCUGAGCACUCUGGAGCAGGUUUUCAUGAAGGAUCUCUCUGUACUUUGAGCCGUUCAUCUUUCCCUCGAUCCUGACUAGUCUCACAGUCCCUGCCUCUGAAAAACAUCCCUACAGCAUGAUACUGCCACUAUAAUGCUUCACCGUAGGGAUGGUGCCAGGUUUCCUCCAGACGUGACGCUUGGCAUUCAGGCCAAAUAGUUCAAUAUUGGUUUCAUUACAGUCAUUUUUAGCAGACGCUCUUAUCCAGAGCGACUUACAGGAGCAAUUAGGGUUAAGUGCCUUGCUCAAGGGCACAUCGACAGAUUUUUCACCUAGUCUGCUCGGGGAUUAGAACCAGCGACCUUUCGGUUACUGGCACAACGCUCUUAACCACUAAGCUACCUGCCGCCCUGCUGCAGAGAUGGUUGUCCUUCUGGAAGGUUCUCCCAUCUCCACAGAGGAACUCUGAAGCUCUGUCAGAGUGACCAUCGGGUUCUCGGUCACCUCCCCUCAUCAAGGCCCUUCACCCCUCAUCAAGGCCCUUCACCCCCGAUUGCUCAGUUUGGCCGGGCGGGCCAAUUCUAGAAGGAGUCUUGGUGGUUCCAAACUUCUUCCAUUUAAGAACACAGGCCACUGUGUUCUUGGGGACCUUCAAUGCUGCAUACAUUUUUUGGUACCCUUCCCCAGAGCUGUGCCUCAACAAAAUCCUGUCUCUGAGCUUUACGGACAAUUUCGACCUCAUGGCUUGGUUUUUGCUCUGGCAUGCACUGUCAACUGUGGGACCUUAUAUAGACAGGUGUGUGCUUUUCCAAAUCAUGUCCAAUCAAUUGAAUUUACCACAGGUGGACUCCAAUCAAGUUGUAGAAACAUCUUAAGGAUGAUCAAUGGAAACAGGAUGCACCUGAGCUCAACUUCUCUUAACCCUAACCUUAACCCUUAGCUAGCUAACGUUAGCCACCUAGGUAAAGUUAGCCACAACAAAUUGGUAUUUGUAACAUAUCACACGUUUUACAAAUUCGUAACAUAUUGUACAAAUUGCAAUUCGUAAACAUAUCAUACGAAAUGGAUGAUGGACAUCCACAAAUUAAUUAAUACGAAACCUAACAUAUCAUACUAAAUGUAGUGUCUCAGAUUUACGUACAGAAUAAUAUGACAUGCUCUGAGACCAUCUUGGGGAUCACCUAGCUACAACUGCUGUUUUCCAGGUUCCCUCAUUUUCUGUGUAAUCAUUUCUUGAUGGUGUUUCUCCAAUUAAUCCCAUUGGAGUCAUAGACUAGUUUCAUUUUGACUGAAUUCAUUGAAAGAGAGAAUUCACCCACAAUGCCAUAAAGUGUUCUUACCUUGUAAGCAUUCAGCUGGCCACUGUCUCCAAAUGCUAACUUUUUACUUGGCAAACUUUACUUGGUGAUACUUCCUCAAUUUACUUGAUUUGGAAAGCUCUGGUGUUUUAUAAUCUCCUGUGGCUAGUUGCCCGUUAAACCCUGACACUCAGCAAAUGCUCUGUGAGAAAAAGGACUGCAACAGGUAGGUGUCGUCUCACCGUAAAACGGUUGUUCCUGAAGGCUAACUUAUCCGUCUUGUAUGUGUAUUGUGCAAGGGUAGUAUUUCACACAGUUGCUGACAACUGUUUUCUUUCUUUGUAUACAGAUCAAUGCAGUGAAAAACGAGAAGGUGGAGAACCUGAAUAAAAUAUUUACAGAGGUCCAACGGGAUGUCAAAAGUGUAUCAAAAUGCACUGCUCCAGAGCCCAGAAAGCCAACACAG